AUGGCAAAGGUUCCAUAUGCCAGUGCAGUUGGUUGCUUGAUGUAUACUAUGGUAUGUACUCAUCCUAACAUGGCUCAUACUAUUAGUCAAGUUUGUAAGUACAUGUCUAAACCAGGAUAUGUGGAUUCAAACUAUGCUGGUGAUUUGGAUGACAGAAGGUCUACAAUUGGGUAUGUUUUUACUCUUGGUAGAGGGGUUAUAUGUUGGAAAUCAACAGUUCAGUCUAGUGUGGCAUUAUCUACAACUGAAGCUAAGUACAUGGCAGUAGCUGUAGCUGCUAAAGAAGCCUUAUGGCUUACUGGGCUAGUGAAGGAACUGGGUGUUGAGCAAGAUGGAGUUCAGUUGCAUUGUGAUAGUUAA